AAUUGUUGCUCUCAAACCUUGAGCGUGUUAUUUGAAGAGAGGAAACACCAGAUCACUAACAUUAUUGUCUGUUACUGACUCAAAUAUAAUGUUUAGACCCCCGUACAGCCUUGUUACAGGGUCCUGUGUGUUUGCUGCACUGUUGGGACACUUUGAUCCGUGCUUCUGCAAAAUACAACAAAAGAGGAAGUGGUGCCUUACCACUUCCUGGCUGGCGUUUAAAACAGGCCUUACCCGUAAAUGAGUUCUUGUUUUUGUUUAAAGUCGAUUCAGAAAGAUGGUCGUUUGUGUUGUAGAAGUUACUCGACCCUUGUAAAAAAAAGGUGUCUGGACCAUUUGGAUGACAUUUCAUCGGAAAGAAGAGUGAUUUCUCCAGACGUGUGGCGAGAGCUGAGGAGGAGAGAGAAAAAUGAUCAUUCAGUCGACAUCUUUAAAUGACCCCAAACUCAACAAACUUAAAGAGGUUUUGGUGGAAUGGAUCAACAAAACUCUGAAAGUUGAACACAUUGUGGUGCGAUCACUGGAGGAAGACCUCUAUGAUGGACUCGUCUUUCAUCACCUGUUACGCAGGUUAGCAGAUGUUCAUGUACAUGUAGAGGAGAUCGCGUUGAGCACUGAUGCACAGGUACGAAAACUAGAGGUGAUCCUGACAGCUCUCAACGAGACCUUAGAGAUGAACGAGGAAACGGUCAAAUGGAACGUUAAACUCAUUCACAGCAGAGACCUGUUGGCUACAUUGCAUCUUCUGGUUGCUAUUGCGAGGCGUUUCCAACCUGAUCUGGUCCUGCCCCCAAACGUCAGUGUGGAGGUCAUCCAGUGUGAGGUCACAAAAAGUGGCGUUAAGGCAGACAAGCAGACAGAAUUCAUCACAUUUCAAAGGUCUGUAAAGAUCCUCCUUCCCUAUUAAACAUUUAACUGCACUUUGAAUCUCUGCCACUGUCCAAACC